GCGAGAUCCCGCUGGGAACGUACGCGGUCUUUUCUUAGCCGAUACGCACAGAGUUGUAGUCGGAAACAUUUUGCGAUUCGAAUUUUAAAGAGUGUGCAAUAAAUAUAUGUAUUUUUAUUUUCACACGAAGAAAUUUUUAAAAAGGAAGUUGUUCCAUUUAUAGAAUAUUUUUGUCUUUUUUAUUUCGUAAUUAUGAUUGUUUUAAUACUGAGUGGCUUGUUGAUAGCGGGUGGAGGUGGGGCACAGUUGGAAGAAACAGAGAAUUGCGACGCAGCAGAUUUGAACGUGUGUGUAGAACUGAUCCCUCGAACUCCUGUCGGCCUACCCAGGAAUAAACACGAGUUAGACGCACACUGCCAGGCGUAUCAAACAGGCAUGGUAUGCAUGGACGCGUGGAUUAAACGUUGCUUGCCUACUGAUGGGCAAAAGUUACUACAGCAACAGAUUGGUGGAGCUCGAGCGCUUAUGAGGUUCUUGUGCACAAACGAUACGGCCUUACGGAGAGAAUUCUUGAAAGAGCCUACGUGUUGGGGCAGGGUGUCUCCCGACUGGAGCCGCUGCGUCGAUGAAUUGCAGAUCGCAGUCCGAGAAAAUACGGAACGAGCUCAACAGCUCACGUAUUUCAACAGGAACGCUGAGUUGUGUUGUUCACGUGAUGACUUCAUUCAGUGCGUGACGCAUGCGGGCCGCUCGUGCUCAAUAUCGGCGAGCACGUUACUCCGGCGCAUGGCUUGGGUUCUGGCGCACGACAUAGCGGCCUGCAACCAACAACCACGGGCAUACUGCGCAGCACCACCUCUCCCCUACACUGCUCCCCUUCUCACCGCCAUCUACGGACUAAUAUUCUAUCCCCCACGCUUGUAAAGUCACCAUUACUUUAGUUCAUAAGAUUUUGUACUCAUAUAAUUAAGUUA